AUGAGCCGCUAUAUCCCCAAACCAAAGUACAAUCCAUUCACCAUCCGCGACAACCAUACCAGAAUGCAGCAUCCGCCAUCUUCUUCACAAGUAUCAACUCCAGCAUGGCAAUCGGCAAUCAAGAUGCAUCCUCCUGCCCCUUACCACCCACGCGGCGUCGUCCCCAAAGAAGUCGGCCAAUUCAUUGAAUCACUUCAACACACUCUCCUACGCGAUGCAUCUCUCGCUCAUCGCAAAAUCCCACAUCGCAAUUAUACCAAAAAAGACCACAGAACUGUCAUUAAAACAAAUACCAGAGCUCCACGGUACUAUUACACGCCGCCAGCUAUAGAGUAUCCGGAAGACGAGCUACGAAAGGACUUUUAUGUAGGGCAUCCGUUUGAGCUGUCAAGGCCGAGGAUCAUGUUGGAGGAUCCAAGUACCAUGGAGGAGGAGAUUGUAAAGGAUGUGGAGUUGGAUACAAGUCCGGAACUGUCUGGUGAAAGUGUGAUUCGCCACGCCCUAUACCUCAUGUCCCACCCCAAAUCACCAAUGCCCCGAGCUGAAGCAUACAAGGAAGCCCUCCGUCUCUUCUACAGCCGGCGAGCAAAGGAAGACGUCCACGCACAGCAGAAACGGGCUAUUAAAAUAGAAGCUGCUUGGAGAACACCAGGAUCGGACAAGACGGAUCGGUCUGGCGGUAGACCUUGGACGGCUAUUACUAUUAAGGAGGAGGAGGAUGCGUUGGCUGCUACGAAUGCGUAUAUGACUUUGAAGAAUCAAGAGAAGGCAGAGAAUCUAAAGUCUUCACGACAAAUGACCAUGUUUGAUAAUAUCGAGUCGGCAAUACCUCGUACAAAACGAUAG